AAGGCAUCUCUAGUACUCUUCCGGCGCAGCUUGCUGCCGAAAACGAGAAAGAUGCGUCAGAUCAAACCCACCUGUUCUCGUCCGCACAGUGCAAGCAAAUAACAUUUCGCAAUAUUGAUCUUAAUUUACGUGAAUUCGUGCAAGCCGGUUCGAAAAUAAUCUUCACUGGUGUGCAGAUAGAACGACAAGCCUCCUUUAAUCACGCUAAAAAAACUACUCUCGCUAAUACCGCAAGUGCAUUAGCAUCUUCUGCAUCCGGCCCAUCUUCUAGCAGCACCUCAUCCUCCGAUCUCGAAACGCAGGCAGAGAUCACGUUGCGCAAGGUCGUUUCUCAUCGUUGGGAUCGACUUUUGGCAUCAGCGGCUUCACCAGAGGGCGUUUUGUUGAAAAAAGACUGGUCUCGCGAGGAUCCAGAUCUGGAAAGUGAAGAAGAAUUCGACCUGCCAUCAGGAAAGGGCUUGCGGCGCAUGAGCGGACAAAAGCUUCUAAAAUUCUUUGAUGUGGUAGUGAACAAGAAGAAUGAAAAAGGCACGAUCAUUGGUAUGACGGGCGGAAGCACUUCCGUGAAUGAACGUGAAGAUGAAGUAUCUGGAAUUUUUCGUACCAGUACCACAAGUACAAGAUCGAAGCCAUUCGCUGCUGCUGGCAGCUUAUUGGCUGUACUGUUUCGGUACCCGUGGUGCAAUGCAUGUCAAGCGAAAGACAAGGAGUUUGUGAAUUUCGUGAAAUUCAAGAGUAGUGACCUGCCUCAGGGGCUCGCGCAAUAUGCGGUCGUCGACGCGAGGGAGCACAAGGCUGUUGCGCGCCGAUUUGCUGUUCAUGGGACAGACUGUGGCUUUGACGGAGAUGACGACAUCAAUGCACCUGCUGCAAAUGGUGCUGGCAGCAAAACUCAGGCUACCGCCAAUGCUCAUGUAGGACUCGCAAAGGCUUCUGCCGCGCCCCGGGGGGCGUGUCCAGUGCAUGUCUUCAAGCGGGAAGAGGGGUUAGACAAUUUUUACGCGAUUCCGGGAAAGAGAUGGAGUGAAGAGUAUUUGCUCGAGUUCUUCCAGUUUGCUGUACCACUUGUUUCGCUACACCGGACACGCGCAGAAUUUGAAAAGUGGAGAAGUGCGUUUCAUACGUCGAUCGCAAUCUUCUUACCACGCUCUUUGGUCAAUUUAGACCAAAACGACGACGAUGAAGCAGGCCCAUCCGCGAAAAAGACGUUGUAUCAACUCAGCGCUGAUCCUCUGUGGCAAAGCUUCCUGCAAGUUUCUCGAGCAAUGCGCGGCCACGCGUUAUGCGGAGCAACCAAUCUUUACCCCGCCGAAUUCGUCAUUGAAAGUAUGGAAAAUUCUUUUGCAAACGUUGCAGAUGCAAGAAGUGCCACCUCUACAGAACAACGAGAAAGGUCUGAAGCCUCCGCAGAGUCUGCUGAGGAACUCCAGAAUAUAAUAUUUGCACAGCCAGACUUCGCGCCGCAGAUUGUCAUAUUCAAACCACAAGAGCGCAGGGCCGUUGUGUAUCACGGAGAAAUGUCUGCUGAAGCUUUGACCGCGUUCAGUAAAUCUCUCAGCGUUCCUCUGGUUUCCAACUUUGAUUUUCAAGCCCGCGAAACACUGGCGGCGCUAGACGUGCCUGUUGGUCUUUUGUGGCUCGACGACAGCGGCACCACUGAGUCGAAGGAAAACAUGAACGAUCUACCAGCUGAAAAAGAUAUUGCUGCAGAUGGCGCAGAGGUGAGUGAAAAUCAUGCGGAACAACAAUACCGUCUCAAAGAAGAAAGCGCAGCCGCGUUGAGAAUCGUGGAGCGCUUGGCGCGAAAGUACGAAGGCAAAAUGGCGUUUGCUCAGCUCAACGUAAAGACGGAAGGCAUUUUUAUGCGGGACUUCGGCUUGCAUCCUUCCCACGUACCAGCUUUUGGCAUUGUGGAUAACGUCGAAGGACUCGUUGGCUCGUCUAGUUCACCAGCUGCAGUGAAGAAGAAGAGAGAGAAGAAAGAGCAACUCAAUCUUCAGAAGAAGCAGUCAUCAUCUGCAUCUACAUCUAGUGCAUUGUCUACUUCAGCAGUUCCAGCAGUUUCUCGCUUCGCUUUUCCAUCCUUUCCCAGCGAUUAUGAUUCGAUGGAAAAUUUUGUCGAGGAUUACUUCAGCGGGAAGCUCAAGAAAGCUUACCGCAGCAACGACCUGAGUCCAAAAUACAAGUGGACCCAUGGACGCGGACAAGUCCAGGAAACAGUGUGGUCGCUCUUCUGGCAGGAUAUACCUUGGAAGACCACCUCAAAUCCUACAGGGAUAUCUUCCAAGAAAGAUCAAGCUUCGGAUUCGCUGCAGAUGGAACAGAAUAAAGAUGAGAAAUUUUCUACACCUGAAGUAGAAUUGUCAGUAAAGAGAGACCAUUUUGACGAUGGCCUAUACGAGCAAGAACGUACGGAGGAGGAUAUUCGCUUUAUACUACUGGAACUGUAUUCCCCUCAGCGCGCACAGCAUAACACCCAUCUGUUGCUGAUAAACUUGUUAGCUCUCGGACUGCGUACUUUGAGCUCUUUCAAGGUGGUGCGUAUGGAUACCGAAAACAACCAUGUUCCUGUUGACGAGCUACCUGCAUUGGCGAUUUCAUCGAUGAGCAACGGGAACAACGGGCGGGUCUCGACGUCCGCGUUGGCAGCCACAGUUCCAAAUCCAAUGGCCGCCCUCGGUGUGGGUGUCGAAGUCGACGAUGGUGCCGGUAAAGUCGGGGCUGCAACAGAGUACAUAUUGUUCGAUCUACGCCGUCGCACGUCAGUCCGCUUCAAAGCACAUGUGGCGAAGCUGCUUGACGUGCCUGGCCGCGUUCUGGCCUUCGUGCGAAGGGAAAUUACAAAAAGUUUGGAAGUAGAUAGCAUGUCUUGUUGUUCUGGCCAGUACGAUUUUGGCAGCUCUUGCACUAAGGCGGACGAGACCGCUCACUCAUCAUCUGAAAAGCAGCAUCAAGACGGCCGCUCAGAGGAAUCAAAACUGCGGAUCCUAGUGAAGAACGAAGGCCUUCCUCUCUCAGCAUCUUCAUGCACAAAAAGCAAACGCAAGGAUACCGGCACUUCUAGAUCUAUCAUCAAUAACGUGGUUUCUAGCGAAGAACAACAAUUCGACUUCGCUCAAGCCCAAGAAUGGUUGAAGCAGCAGGUGCGGGAACGCGUUCGCAACGUACGCCGUAUAGAACGCGAGAAGGAGCGCAAACAUCACGAGUCGUGGGCUCAGUACGAAAUCGAAGAAUUUCUGAGGUAUGAGCGGUCAGGAAAAAAGCUCUAUUAGUAACGAAGAGGAAAUGCUCAUGCUGAUCGUAAAGAACGCUGGGAGGCUGGCUCUAUAAAGUCGUUAAGCUCAAAUUCAAAAAUUACACGAGUAUUAACUUAAAGCAAUGGUAUUUACAACUAGUAAACUUAAUGAAAGUGUCUUGAAAAAAAUGUACAUCGCCACGGGUUUUCGUUUCUCUUACUCCAUCAGGGAUACAGAGUGGGAAAAAGCAGAAUCAUGUCAGACACUAUAUAAUCAUUUCUUCGGUAAUGAUCGCUUUUCCCACAGGAAUGGGGCACUGCGUUUAUAAAAAGGCACCUUCGCCUCGCAUGAUAGCUACUUUUGAAUCUGAAUGCGAUGCUUCUCUUGACGCACCAAAAAUAUUGAUCAUUACUGUGUAGAGGCUGUGUCAUGGCUGAUGCCAUCAACC